UGAAGGAGUUUCCAGGUUUGACAUCUCCAGGGAACAGCUGAUCCUUACAGUGCCUCACAUGGGAAACCUGUCCUGAGAGGUGAGUGAAUGAAUGAAGAGGAUCUCCCCCAGCAGCUCCUGAUCUCCUGUCCACAGCAGAAAGGUGACUGACUCCUUAGGUGUACAUCUGAUUCCUUCCCCUCACUAUCUGAUAAAACAUCAUUUAUCAUGAGAACAUUUCUUAAAUCCUGGAUUCCUCAGUGUUUGUGGAUUCUCAGGUCACCUUCCAGAACAUUCCAUGGAAACAACAGGCUUCUUACAUCUCCGAUUGUUUCCUAUUAUGAAUCUAUAAACCAGGGUGAAAGGGAACUGCCAGAAUAUUUCAACUUUGCAAGUGAUGUCUUAGAUAAGUGGACACAACUGGAAAAGAGUGGAAAAAAACCAGCAAAUCCAGCUUUUUGGUGGGUCAGUGAUAAGGGAGAGGAGGUGAAGUGGAGCUUUGAGGAGCUGGGCUCUCUGUCCAGGAAGGCAGCCAAUGUCCUUUCUGAGGCCUGUGGCUUGAGGAGAGGAGACAGAGUUGUAGCAAUUCUGCCUCGUGUGCCUGAGUGGUGGCUCCUGAACGUGGCCUGCAUGCGAGCAGGAAUUGUCUUUUUUCCAGGAACAACUCUAUUAACAGCCAAAGACAUCUUAUACCGACUGCAGGCUUCAAAGGCCAAGUGCAUCGUUACCAAUGAGACGCUGGCACCUGCAGUGGAAUCUGUCCUGCCUGGCAGCCAGUUCCUGAAAAGUAAACUCCUUGUAGGCCAAGGGAGGAGGGAUGGCUGGCUGAACCUCCAAGAACUCCUUGCGGUUGCAUCUGCUGAUCAAAUAUGUAUCAAGACAAGGAGUCAUGACCCAAUGCUCGUGUAUUUUACCAGUGGAACUACGGGCUUCCCAAAAAUGGUGCUGCAUUCCUACAGCAGUUAUGGCAUUGGAUUUGCAACCACUGGCAGGUAUUGGCUGGACUUGACUCCUUCUGAUAUAAUGUGGAAUACCUCUGAUACUGGCUGGGCAAAAUCAGCCUAUGGCAGUGUUUUUUCACCAUGGAUCUGUGGAGCCUGUGUCUUUGUACACAGUAUGCCACAGUUUCUACCAGAAGUUAUUGCAGAGACUCUGUCAAGAUAUCCCAUCACCACCUUCUGCACGCCUCCCAUUGCCUUCCGCAUGUUGGUCCAACAUGAUGUGAGCAGCUACAAGUUCCCAAGUCUGAAGCACUGUGUAACUGGAGGGGAAGCACUCAAUCCUGAAGUGUUUUCAAAGUGGAAAAUCCAGACAGGGCUGGAUAUCCAUGAAGGUUAUGGCCAGUCCGAAACAGUGGCAAUCUGUGCCAAUCUGAAAGGAAUGAAAAUUAAACCUGGCUCUUUGGGAAAACCUGUUCCUCCUUAUGAUGUGCAGAUCGUAGAUGACCAUGGGGCUGUUGUGCCUAAAGGAGAAGAGGGCACCAUUGCCAUUCGAGUGAAACCCACACGACCCUUCUGCCUGUUCUCUGAGUACUUGGAUAAUCCAGAGAAAACUGCUGCCACUAUAUGUGGAGAUUUUUAUCUCACUGGGGACAGAGGCUUUAUGGAUGAAGAGGGAUAUAUCUGGUUUGUGGGAAGAGCUGAUGAUAUCAUUAACUCUGCUGGGUACCGCAUUGGCCCCUUUGAGGUGGAGAGUGCAUUGAUAGAGCACCCAGCAGUCGCAGAGGUGGCUGUUGUCAGCAGUCCCGACCCAGAGCGAGGGGAGGUGGUCAAAGCCUUCAUUGUUUUAGCUCCUGCUUUUGCAUCACAUGAUCAAAAAAAAUUAACUCUUGAACUUCAACAACAUGUCAAGAAGGUGACUGCACCAUACAAGUAUCCAAGGAAGAUGGAGUUUGUUCAGGAUCUGCCAAAGACCGUUACUGGGAAAAUCCAGAGAAAUGUCCUAAGGAGCAAAGAGUGGGCAAAAGUAAAAAAAGUGUAAGAGUGAUCUGGAAAACAAGGAGAGAAAUAUUCUAUUACCUGUACCAACCAUAACACAUCAAAUAUGGCACGUGUUUAUGAUCCAGAGCACAUGAAAACAUUGUGAAAAACAAACUGUGGAAGCAAAAGUAGAAAACACUCAGAAAAUGUGUAACUACAACUCUUAGAUACAUACAAAUAAAAGAGAAAUUAAUAAAAGUAA